AGCUUGCGGCCUGUAUAUUCGAGCAGGAUGCGCGGAUCCCUCUGAGGGAUUUUCCUUUAUUUAAUAUCCUCCUAGACUGAACUGGGAGAUUUAUAUAGCUAUUUAAAACAAACCCAGCGUCUACAAUGUCGGAGACCUACGAUUUCCUGUUCAAGUUCCUAGUUAUUGGAAAUGCAGGGACUGGAAAAUCAUGUCUCCUACACCAGUUUAUAGAGAAGAAAUUUAAAGAUGACUCGAAUCAUACAAUUGGAGUAGAGUUUGGCUCGAAGAUCAUCAAUGUGGUCAACAAGUUUGUUAAACUACAGAUUUGGGACACAGCAGGACAGGAACGGUUCAGAUCUGUUACACGAAGCUAUUACAGAGGUGCAGCAGGAGCUCUUCUUGUUUAUGAUAUUACCAGUCGAGAGACGUAUAACGCUUUGACCAACUGGCUGACGGAUGCCAGGAUGUUGGCCAGCCAGAACAUUGUCAUAAUAUUGUGUGGCAAUAAAAAGGACCUGGAUGCAGAUCGUGAGGUUACCUUUUUGGAGGCAUCCCGCUUUGCUCAGGAGAAUGAGCUCAUGUUCCUAGAAACCAGUGCUUUAACAGGGGAAAAUGUGGAGGAUGCUUUUGUUCAGUGUGCCCGCAAAAUUCUCAACAAAAUAGAAUCAGGUGAGCUAGAUCCAGAGCGGAUGGGUUCAGGUAUUCAGUAUGGAGAUGCCGCACUACGGCAGCUUCGUUCUCCUAGACGAGCUCAGGCUGAGAGCGUGCAAGAGUGUGGUUGUUAGAGAUGAACAGCCAGGCAAGGUUUUGUGCUGACACGGACAUCAUUGUGGGAAUGUGAUGACUUGUGACAGUGGAGAAACUCUUCCCUCUCCUUCCUUUUACCUCAGUUCAGACGUGUCUGAGAUCCCGGAACGUCGCUGCGCUCUAGAAUCCAGUCCAAGGCGGAAAAAAAAACACCAACCGUGUUCAAAACACUGCUCGUGGUAAAUCCAGGUCAUCGCUUUUAAUGUUCUGCACUGAGCUAUCGUAACCCUCUAUGUCCUGUUCUGCCCCCAUUAAACUGUGUAGGUUUUGUGUAAAGAAGAACCUAGAUCAUUACUUCAGAGCAUGUUUUAUGGACUGCAUUACCACAACCGGAAUGAGGUUUUAUCAGCUUGGGACAAUGUCGUUCACCUAAAGGUCAUAUCAUAAUAUUGUAUUUUUAACUCUGCAGCUGACGGAUGUUUUGGGUAACCCUUUGAUCUGCAGGUAUUAUACUGAACUAGCCCAUGUUUUUAAAAGCGGUCGCUUUGUGUGGAGAGAAUGCACUGUUACUUCAUUUCAGUGUGUUUGUGAACAGCAUAUAUCAGAGAAGUUAUGUUACUGUAUAAACGUUGAAUGUUAUUAUACAGCAUAAAUGGACAGCCAUAGACCACUUUUCUUUAAUACCUAUAUAUAGUAAUAAAUUCAGAUACAUUGACAAGACACUUUUACUUAGUGUUACUAUAUACAGCAUAUGUAAAUGCUGCUAUUUUGUUUGAAAAUGUUCAUUUUACUGACUCGUGCAAAAUGUUAUUAAACGUAGUGUCAUUUUCAAAUCUAAGGUUUUUUUGUGUCUGUAAUAAGCUCAGUGUUUUGGAAAAAGGUGUACAAUCUUUUUAUACCUACACUGCUCAGUGUUCAUAGUGAAAUGUUUGACAACACAUAAGAUACAAAGUAUAAGCUUUAGAUAUAAAAUUAUAUCCUUGCAUAUUUGUUAAAAGCUACUUUUCAAAUAGGAACAUAAUAUAACCUAUUUAAUACAGUAUCAUAGUAAUGUAUUAAAUAGAAUAAAGUUGAAUAGCUGUGGUGUUAGAUAGCAUUCUAAUACACUAUGUAGUUUGUAGAUGUAGAACACAGCCAGGAUGACGGGUCGGCUAGUGAAAUGUUAAUAAACUAGUUUGCAUUGGUCACAAUUAAAUGUACAUGGGACAUAUUAGAGUCUACA